AUGACAGUGCUAACAUGGGAGGUAUUUUUAGCGCAGGGUUUAGAGUUUUCUAUAAAUUUGCUCAAACGAUCUUUGAUGAACUGGGAGUCGAUCCUGCACAAGUCGGUUAUCUGCACAAAUUUGCAGUUUUAGAUAUAUGAUGUUUAAAGUUCAUAUAAGCAUGUUGCAUCGUUUGGAAGAAAUCUGUCACCAAGCAGCGCUGCUUCUACUAACUAUUUUCACACCUAAUUAAAUUCUUCUUAAAUAGAUUGUCCAUUAUUUUUUCAAAUUUUCGAUAAUACGAUACUUCUAAUGACGUCCGUACUCUCCCAGCAAAAAAAUGUUCCCCAGGCCAAUCUCUCCAGGACGCCCUCUAACUUUCGAAGAUUGAGCGAUUUAUUAUUAAGUAGGAUUAUCAAACUAUUCUCAGCGGCCGUAUUGGCUUUGCACCGAUUUUAUACUUUGAUGAGGAACUUUGACUUGCAUGUGAAGCUGCGGAGGCCUACAUGACUUCUCGUGUUUGCGUACUCCCGCAAAAAUGCAGAUAUCAUCCAAAAAAAAUUUCCGGUAUUCUUGCAUUUUUUUCAAAUAGCACGUUUAAAUUGGUUUCUAAAUCCGUAAGAUUUCAUUGAUUUGAUUUGAUUACAGCGAACACUAAAUUUGAGAGCUUAAGAUGCACUUUAACUAUUUGAAAAUGCGCAAUAUUUGAAGUUAUACUUAAAGAUCCACUUUUCAAUUUAUUUUCAAAUUUUGUCUUUUUCUUUUUUUUUAUCCUCUUCAUUCGUGAAUUACAUAUUUAUUUAUCUCUACAAUUUUCAUUUCUGUUAAAAAACAACUUCAGUACGAACUAAGGGUUUACAAAAUUUUAACUGUACCUAAAAGUUCAAAGAAGUGAGAGUUAACCAACAAAUUUUUUGAAAUAAUCUAGAAUCAUUCUUUCUUAUUUGGUUCUUAAUGAGACACAACCUUACUGAAUCAUUUGGAAUUCAUUAAUUUAUUGAUUUUUUUCUCGAAAUGGUUUGAGAAUCAUUUCAAAAUAUAUGAAUUGUUGUGUUUUACACAUUCAACAUUUUUGAACCAGGUAACUUUGUACAUGCGUGAAAUGAAAAAGUUCAACAGUGGCUUUCUAAACUUUCCCAUCAUGAAUUCCUCCUUUUGUUUUGCUGCUGGGAAAAUCAGAAAAUUAAGCUUUUAAGAUAAUGUCGGGAAUGCACUUCUUGGUCGGAAUCUCCACAGAUGACUACGUCAUCCUAGCUGCAGACAAGGCGACUUUCGCUUAUGGAGCCGUUCUUGCUGACAAUAGUAAGAUUCGGUUCUGGUUUCAAGUUUAUGUUUCGGCUUCAGAUAACGACAAGGAGUUCCGCCUGGGCAAAAAAAUGACGAUGAUGUGCAUUGGGGAAGAAGGCGAUGUUGCUCAAUUCGGAGACUGGACCACGCGUAACAUUCAACUCUAUGCUAUUCGAAAUGGUUGGUUUUAUUGAUUGAGUGAUGAGAAUCACUAAGCACCGAUGUGGAAAGUUUUCAAGCUCAUGUUUUGGAUUUUAGUCUUCACCGCUGAUUUGAGGGAAAAAAACUGCUAAGGAAUAUCUGAAUCUAUUUUUUCCUAUUUUUUCGAUGAUUCGCUAAGUAUUUCCUCCAGCCAGAUUUUAAAGAACUGAUAUGAUAUAUUAAGCAGCAUUCGAAAAAAAAAGAAAGAACAUUAAAAAGUUUAGAAUUAGAUCAGUUUGUAUUCCGUUAAUGUCGGAACGUUGGAUAAGAGCCGCUAAAAGGGAGAGACUCAAAAAGGCAGCAAAAGUGGCCCAUAAGAGCCGAUGAAAUGGCGCAAAACGGCAGGAAAAAAAGGAGCCUUUCUCACCCUAAAAGGAACAUUUCUAUGGAACCUUUUUCGACUCUUUUCCGACUCUGCCUGUAAUGUGAGAGAGAAUCCAAUUUCAAUUUUUCGAGUUUUAAUCAUUUAUUAUCAACGUUUCACUGUUUUUGGCGUGAUGAAAUUAGAAAUUUUAAGGUUACGAGCUCUCGCCGAGCAGCGCUCAUCACUUCGUGAGAAGGAACAUCGCAGAGGCCCUCCGUUCUUCGGAUCACUACACUGUCGACGUUCUCUUGGGCGGCUACGACGACAAGGACGGAAAAGCUUUCCUUGGAUCUGUCGAUUAUCUCGGAAACGCCAUCGAACAUCAGGUAAGUCUUCACGGACCCCGCUUCGUUUUAUCAUCGCUUCUUUUCAGCCUUACUUGUUCCGUGGAUUCUGCGGUCGUUUUUGCUACGCCAUCAUGGAUGCAGAGUACAAGAAAGGUCCUUUGCACGAUUUUAUCCUAAUUUUUUGUAAUUUUUUAGAUAUGCCAGAAAAGAAAGGACUCGAGCUGCUAAACAAAUGCAUUUCGGAGGCUAAGAGACGUUUCGUCGCGAACAUUCCAGCAUACAAGGUUCUUUUAAAUUUAUUUUAAACAACUUAUAUAGGAUUUUUACGAAUUAAAAGGUUCCGCGCCGGCUAGUCACAAUUUUCUUCUGCUAGAAAGACCGUAUACCAAAUUAGAUCAAAAAUGAGCACCUUUGUUUUUUGCAGUCUUUUCUUAAGCAAUUUUCUAGAGCAAACGGCUAUAUUUAUGGUAGCUUUUUCGGCUGUACUUUUGAAAGGUGGCCGUCUCGCGCGGAACUCGCCUUUCAUCUCGUUAAAAAAAUUGAAUAUAAAUAAAUGUAAUUUUUUUCACCUAGUUCUUUUUUUCUUUUUUUAAAUUUCUGAACAAAAAAAUCUGAAGCGUUCUUCUUGCUUUUUCUCUCCGAAAAGAUGAAUUUCUCAGUAGAUGAAAUAUUGCAAUUCAAUCAACUUUUUUUCAGGUCGUCAUCAUCGACAAGAGCGGAUAUCGCCGAUUGGAAGACAUCAACGUUUAA